AUGAAGUCACACCUAGGACCAGAUACCAGCAACACCAGCCUGUUUGGCAGGCUGAUGGAUGGAGAGGGAGAUCAGUAUGAGGAGCGCUUAAGGGAAGUGUUCCAGAGCUUUGAUGGGAGUGGUGCUGGUUCUCUAAACCCAGAGGAGCUCGCUGAACUCUGCCACGCCCUACAGCUGAACGACACUGCUCUACACACACUUCUGCACACGCUUAUCAACUCUCAGGACCAACUCAAUGCACGGGUUGAGUUUGAGCAAUUUAAGAACGCUUUGAUUCUGGUGCUGUCGUCACCCACAGAGGAGGCACUAGCUAAUGAGGAGAACCCCACACUCCCAGACUCCCCAGAGGUACAGCCACGCUUCAUAAAGGGAGGUAAACGCUAUGGCCGUCGAUCUACACCAGAGUUCACACAUGCCAUCUCAGAACUCUCGCACAUGCCACCUGAGGAGGAUGAACAGGAGGAAGAAGCUCUGGGGAGCACUGAUGGGACAUUACCAAGCAAGCGUGAGCGCUGGAACGCUGACGUAAGCAGUGCAGAGGAGUAUGAGGCAGAGGGUCAGUUACAUCUGUGGAAUCCUGAUGAACCUGGUACUCCACGUGGUAGCAUGGUGCCCCUUAGUGGCCUGGAGGAGAGACUGCAGAGUGCCUGCCAGCAGCUCGCACUUCCACUGAAUGGCAUGGCAACUCUACACCAACUACAUGCACUCUGCCAGUAUAUCGGCAUGGAGGUGGGGGAAGAUGCAUUCCAGUCUGUGGGUGAGGGGUGUAUGAUGAGUGUGCAGGAGUUUGUGUCUUACAUCCUCAACAAAAAUAAACCUCCUACUCCCUCUGCCUCAACACCAUAUAGACAGCUAAAAAGACACCACUCCAUACAGCCGUUUGAUGAGACGGGCCGCAGGAUCUCCUCUGUGUUGAGCAGUACAAUAGGGUUACGGCUGUUCUCUGUGUUAGAUGAUGGAACUGGGCACACAGCUGUGGAGCAGCUGCUAGACACCUGGCUGGAAGAGGGAGUGGAGAACAGCUCAGAGAUCCUGCAGGCACUGGAAUUCAGUCUGGAUGGCAAAGUGAAUCUGACUGAGCUGACUGCAGCUUUAGAGAAUGAGCUGUUGAUCACUAAGAACUCCAUCCACCAGGCGGCGCUGGUGAGCUUUAAGGCUGAGAUCAGACACCUGCUUGAGUGUGUGGAUCUGGAGCUCAGGGAGAAGGAGAAGAUACGCUCUGAUCUAGAAAAAGCAGAGAAGCUCAAAUCUCAGCUGGCCUCUGAGGUGGAUGAACAUCACUCAGCCAUUGAACGCAUCAAUGAUCUCAACCUGCGUAAAUUGGAGCAGGAACAUAAGGACCAUAUGGUUGCUCUAAGGGUGGAGAUGAGCAAAGAGGUGGAGCUUGUGCAACAACAGGCCAAUCAGCAGAGAGAAGAACUGGAACAAGAAAUCAGGACGAUCAGAGAGGAUGAGACCUUUCUCAGAGAACGUCUCACUCUCACUAUUAAAGAGAACGGCCGCUUGGAGGCAGAGCUGCUAGACAGCACAGAGCGGCUCAUAGAAGCAGAGGCGCAGCUCAGUAAACUACAAAGAAACCUGGAUAGUGUGCUCAAGGAGAAGUUUGGUGAUCUGGAUCUGAGCAAUGCAGAGUUCUACCAGCAGGAGGAGCGUCUUGGGCAGCUUCGCAGCAACUACGAGGAGCAGUGUCGGGAACUGCAGGAUCGAAUAGAUGAGCUGCAGGCUCAGUUGGAGGAGUACCGUGCUAUAGGCCGAACUCCACAGACCUCCCUCAUGCCAUCUUUGUCUGAUGAGCUAGACAGCAAAAGCCCUGGGAUGGAGUCAGACCAAGGUCUAGGCUCUGAAGAAGGGCAGCCCUUUAACAUGAGUCUGGAGGCAGAGAUGGUGCUCGAGCAGCUUAAAGAACAGCAUGUGAGAGAGAUGGAGAACAUCAGGGCACAGCUAGACUGCACGGAGAAUGAGUGGCAGCACAAACUGGAGGAACAAAAGACUUCCCAUGAGGAGGAGAGAGGUCUGCUCUCAUUACAACACCAGCAGGAUUUGCAAGCCCUGAAGAAAGAGGCAGCUGAAGCACUGGAGAGAGCCCAUGGCCUGCAGGAGCAGUUGGAGCAGGAAAGACGCAGCAUGGAAGUUCUCCACGGCGUUAAACUAGAUGAACUACGUGCCCGCCACCAAAAGGAGCUGAGUUCCCUCAACCAGGAGGUGCAGGAUGCUAGGAGCCAUGCAUUACAACUUGAGGAGCAGCUCAAGGAGCUUGAGGAGAGCAUAAUGAAGGAGAGAGAGGAGCUCCAUAAGGCUCAUGUAGAAGAGCUUAGCCUUUUAGAACUGCAGCAUAAGGAGACUCUAGAGGCCACUGUGAAGGAGGAGAGAGAAACAUUGCAGGUUGACAGGGUAGAGGCUGAGAAAAGGCAUGCAGAGGAGUGGGAGAGGGAGAAACUGCAACUCAAGCAGAUCCAUAAGGAGGUGCUGAGGGUCCGGCUAGAGGAGGCACAGCAGAGAUCUGAGCAGGAGCUUAUGGAGUUGGAGAGGAGGCUCCGGGAAGAGUGGGAAAGGGAGAAGCAGCAGCAUGAGGAGAGCAAUAAAGCAGCACUGCAGGCAGUACUGGAGGAGGAACUGGUGCGUCUGUUGAAAGAACAAGAGGACAGAGAAAGAAAGCUUACGGAGCAGUGGGAUGCAGAACGUAUGCUUCUGGAGGAGCAGCACCAUGCUCAGCUGCAGCAACAAAUACAGCAAGAGAAGGAGCGAGCACAGGCCCAGAAGGAGGAAACGAUGUGUAGGAAAAUGAAGGAGUGGGAGAGGGAGAAAGCUCAGCUACAGAGGCAGCAUGAUGAGGUGCUGCAGGUCAGGCUGGAAGAACAGAGAGAGAGACUGCAGGCUGAGCGAGAGGAGCUGGAAAGGAGGUGGCAGGAAGUGCUGGAGGAAGAGCAGAGCAGAAUGGUUGAGGCGCACCAGGAAGCCAUUCAGGAGCUGAGUGUGAAACACAGUGAGGAGAGGGAGAGACUUGGCUGCAUGCUAGAGAAACUUCGUACAGACAUUGGACAGGAGAGGAAGGAGUUAGAGAUCCACUUCUCCCAACGAAUCAAAGAAGUGGAAGCCCGUUUCUCUGGUGACCAGGAAGCGGUGUCUGAGCGGUUUCAGACAGAUGUACGAAAGCUAGAGCAGCACUACCAGAGUGAGCUAGCAGCGCUCACCCAGCGUCACGCUGCAGACCAUGCACGAUGGGACGAGGAGAUGGAAGCUUCAGUCCAGGACGCAGAGCAGCAAAGGAGACUUCUGCGAGAAGCUCUACAACUGGAGAGGGAGAACGUCAUUCAGGAGUUCACACUGGAGCGAGAGAGGCUUGAACACAGCCAUGCAGUAGACAUGGAGGCUCUGAGGGAGAAGAACCUGCAGCUGCAGAAUGAACUGGAGAACUUUGUUACCUCUGCCCAGACCAAGGAGAUUGAGCUAAGUCGUCAGCUCAAUGAGCUGCAUAACCGGCUGCAAGAGAAUCUGGAGACGAAAGACACGUUGUUGGCACAUGCUGAAUGCAAGGCUGAUGAACUAGAGCAACUGCUUAGACAGGCUUCUGAUGACUUUCUCCAAGAGAGGGCAGAGCUACAGAAUAACCUGUCUAAAUUGGAGGGCCGGCAUGCAGAAACAAUCUCAUUGGCUGAGAAACGGCUCCGGGAACAAAGUGAUCUGCUGGCAGAGCGAGUGGAACUCAGGGGAAAGAUGGAGGAGAUGGAGAAAGUCCUCCGCCAGGCAGUGGAAGACUUUCACUAUGAACGUCUGGAGCUGCAGGGCAUUGUGGCUGCACUGGAAGAGCAGCUACAGGACAGUGUCUCCAUGGUAAUGAAGAAAGAGGAGCAGAGAACAGUGUUGCUGGCUGAGAGAGACAGGUUAGCACUUAGAGUUCAGCAGAUGGAGUCUGAGCUUGGAGAAGCCACCAGAGCGAUGAUUGUGAGUAAGCAAGUAGUUGAGGAACUCUCUGUGCCUGAUCUUCCUAGAGAGGUAGAAAUUGAGUUUUUAGCUUUAUCUGCAGAAAAAUUUGUUGUCAAAGAAGCAUGUGAGGAUGAGACAGCAGAUCAUCACUCUGAGGACUUUAGUGUUCUAGGAGAGGAUUCACCAUCAGCACAAGAUGAGGAACUUGAAGGAGAGCUGUCCAUGCAGAAAGAGAACACAGGAGAGUUUGAAGAUAUUCCGGUUGUCAGUGAUCACAUGCUGAUAUUAUGUAGUGCUGAAGUUCUGAGCUGUUCUGAGGGUGAUUUUACAAACGGCUCUGAGAAAAUUAAGGAGGGCUGCUUUAGUGAUGCCGGUGUAGAGUCAAAUGAGCUCAGCAACUUUGAUGAGCCUGGUAAUUCUAAUACUGCAGAUGAGGCUGAAGUGGUUUUUGCUAUUCACAAUUUGCUUGUGUCUAGCACUGAAGAAAUUGAUGCAAGUAUAAAAACUGCAGUAGUAUCCAGUGAGAUGGUAGAAUUUUCCAGAAGUGUAGCUGAGGAUAAAGAAUGUUUUGAGGUUGAAGAACCAGCCAUCGAGUCAGGAGAUGCAAGACUAUUUGAAUCUUAUGACGAUCACGAGGUAGAAGUUUAUAACCGUCCUGGUGAUAGACUAGAAGAGGACAAAAACAGCAAUGCAAAUGCUGACUGGAUAGUGGAUAACACAGAGGUUAGCACAGUCAGUGUGACUGAACUCAACAGCAGAACGAUGUUUAAAGAUAGUGUUGAGAUGGCUAAUGAGUUGGAAGUGACUAGCAUAAUUUGCAAAACUGAAGAAAUGACUGCGGAUGAUCUUUGUGCAGCCAGAGCUAUAAAAGAUUGUGCUAAUGUUACCACUAGCCUUGAUGAAGAUGUCAUUAAUUGUGCAAGUCCUGCAUUUAUGACUUCUGCUGUUGUAAGUGAAGUAUUUAGUAAUGUACACGAGAUAGGUCACACAGAGGUUGAUCAAUUGGUAGUUGUAGAGGAAAUAGUUGCUCAGUGUACUGAUAUCACUGGUAUCCCAGAUCUUGAAGAGAAUGUCGAUGAUUCAGGAAUUGCCGCUUUGGAGGAAGAUCAUGGAAAAGAAAAUGAAGCCCAUGAGGGUGCAGAGGUUAUUAGUGACAUAGCAAUGGCUGAUGAUACAGAGGAUCCACAAGAUGUUGAGGUUGCAGAUCAAUUUGAGGUCCGCAGUACAGAAACUGAAACCUCCUACCACAAGGAUCACAGACAGGAUUUUGAACCUAUGGAUCAGGUAGACCUCAAAGAUGACAGCAAUGGCACCAAAGCCAAGGACUCGACUGUAGCUCUUGAGAGUAGACCCACACUUAAAAAGGAAGAGGAAGAAGAAACUCCACAUGACAAAGACGUGUAUGCUAGAGAGAUACUGGAGCUGCAGGAUAUAGCAGUGCAGUUCAAAGACCAAAGCAGCCUGCUGGAGGUUCUGCAGGACCAGUACAGCAAUGCUGUGGAGCAAAACCUUUCACUCCAAGAGCAGCUAGCCCAGCUGCAGCAGCACACCAACGAACUAGAGCUGCUGCUUGACCUGAACAGGGGGAAGCUAGAAGAGAGCCAUGAGCUCAGGGUGGAGCUAAUCACUAUGGCAGCCCAGGCUAAAGAACUGGAAAUCAAAGAGCUUGAGCUUGCUGAACUUCAAAGGAGCUACGAGGAGUGUGUUUGUGAGAAUAUGCAUUUAGCAGACCGCAACCGGAAGCUGGAGAAGAGGGUGCAGACCCUGGAAAGCAAGAUGCACAUUGUCCAGGAGUUCCACAAACAACAGACAUGCUUGCUGGAAGAGAUUGCAAGGAUGCGUGAGGAGAAUGCAAAGCUGAGUACGGCAGUGCAGGAACUGGAAAAGCAGGAUGAGCCUAUCCUGGAACUGCAGCAGGAUGCUGAAUCUUCUGACUCGUCAGAUGAAUCCUUUUUGGACUUCAGUGCCCAACUGGAGGCGAAGGUCACUGCAAUGUCAGAGCUGGAAGACUGCUGCUCAGAGUUUGAGAAACAAAACUUGCGCCUACGCUUGGCUCUUACUCAGCUGCAGGAGAAGUCCUUUAGAAUCCACGAGAGGAUGCAGGACCAUAGGAGUGAAGCAGAGCGACUGGUUGAGGAAAAUCUCAUUUUGAGGCAAAAGAUCUCAGUGCUGAAAGAAGAGGACCUAAGGGAGAACCAGCAUGAGCUGUUACUUCAAGUAGAACACUUCCGGAAGGAGAGGAAUGCUGCUCAGAAGGUGGCAGAUGGUCUGAAGAGACAGAUUUCAGAGCUGCGUCGUCAUGGGCAGCAAUUGGAGGAGGAGAACAAUGCUUUGUCACAGCAGAAUGUGAAACAUGCGCUCAGUGUUGACACCCUUCAGCAUACACUUGAGGAGGUGUUUCGCCAACAUGGCAGUGGUUCAUCCAAUGAGAGGAAAGAGCUGGGGAAUGAUGAGGAUUUGGUGGUACCUAUUAACAGAACAGAGAAGUUGGAUGAGGAGAAGGAGCUACUGAGAGCAGAACUCAACCGCUGUGUGGAAAAGAUGACUCGGCUUCGUUCAGUAGAAACCCAGCUUGCUCAACUCUUGAAUGAGAGACAGACCGCAGACAAACACAACCAGGCUCUACGUGCACAGCUAAUAAAGGCUCAGGAGAAGGUACAGGCACUGGACUCUACACUGCAGGGGCUGGCUCAGCAAAAUGCCCGGCUCAAAUCCGACCUGCGUAUCACACAGCAGGAGCGAGAUGCUCUGAAACAGGAAGUGAUAUCACUGCACAAACAGCUGCAGAAUGCCAAUGAGAAGUGUCGGCUGGUGGAGAUGUCUAUAUCGAGUGUCCCAGGUGGUUCACAGCAGGGGAAACGUGUGUGGACGGAGCUUUCUGGACUGAUGGAGGCAGAGUUGACUUUGCUGCGUGAAGAAAAUCAGAGGCUUCAGCGUGAGAUCAACGAUGCACGACUAGAAAUGAACUCUGCACGGGAGAAGGGUCGUCAGUUAGAGGCACUGGUGUUGAGUGUGAAACAGCAGAAACAGCAGAACCAGGCAAGUCUGUCUAAAUCAGCAGAGCAAGAGAGAUCAGCGCUUAAGCGAGAGAUAGAGGCUCUGCACACACAGCUACACAACAAGAUAUGUGACAGCAACGAGGAGCAAAGAGAAAUGGAGAGUCUUCAAGAGGAGAAUGAAAGGCUGAGAAACAAACAGACAAUACUGGAGGCCCAGCUGAUGGAGGCUCAACUCAUUGCAAUGUUGCCACCGUCAUCACUGCGAUUGUCAGGAGAACGGAGGGGACAUCGCCACGAUGAAAUGAACCCAGAUGUCAGUGUGCAGGAGGAGCGAGAAGCGGCCUUGCUGCAGAUGGAGGGGAGAAUGAAGGAGGUGGAGUUCACCCUCCGAAAUGUCAAACUGUUGCUGCAAGAGAAGGUUGCCCAGCUGAAGGAACAGUUGCAUAAGAACAGUAAGGCGGACGUGCUGAUAAAGGAUCUGUAUGUGGAGAAUGCUCACCUGUUGAAGGCUCUGGAAAUGAGUGAACAGAGGCAAAAGGUGGCAGAGAAGAAGAACUACCUCCUGGAGGAGAAAAUCUCCAGCCUCAACAAGAUUGUUCGUGAGCUCAAUCCCUCGCCGCUGACGCCCGUGCCCUACCACUUCACCCGCACGUGAUGCCACAUGAUGUCUGCACUUCAUCUGUUCAUGUUAUUUACUUAUUUUUAUUUUAUUUAUUUGAUUUAAGGGGCCAUUAAGAAGUUGCACUAGAGUCCACCAUUUUUGCUGAAAAAUAGGGCUGUGCAUUCCAGAAAUUUGAGUCAACUCCAAGAGACCUGGAGAACGAUGUUUCUUAAAAAUGGAGUACAAUAUACAUUACUUUCAGGGAAACUAGAAGAGCUAAAUUAACAUGGCUUAUUAAGAGGAGUUGGCUAAACAGUACCUGAUUCUCCUCGGUCAGUGUCCAAGUUGGUAGAUGUUUUGGCACUAGGCUGCUUGAUUUGCAAUCCAAAUUUUCAACAUUAAUAUUACAUAAUACUUUGUGUUCCACAAUAAAAUACAGCUGGAAUAUUGAUUGUGUUAUGGAAGCAAGCUGUUUUUCCAGACAGACUGUUUAGUGAGUAACAGCAUGCUGAUUAAGACUUGAACAUCAUUGUGUAGAGUCAAGUCCAAACCUUUGGCCUCGACUCAUUUCCUGAAUGCCUGGAAUUGAGGAAUCGGUUCUUUUUGGGAUUGACUCCCAGCCCCUUUGAACAAUAAAAAUAAAUCCAUUAAGGGAGGUAAAUGGCCAUUUAAACAUCAGAAGGAGACUACUUACACUUUAAUUACAGUUCCUCUUUAUGUGCUCAGGUUCUGUGAAACUGCCAGGAAGACAUCGGAAUGUGCUAGAGAAUCCAUCUUUACAUGCACAGGGGAAUGAAAACCUUUUCACUAAAAUCUGUGAAACCAUUCUUUCUUGUGCUUCCUCAAAUUCAGUAUGACGCAACAUGUCUGAGUGCAGACCAGCAGUAUAGGAUGAAGUGAAAGAGUUUAUGCUAUUAUAAAAUUACUCUUAUUUAAAAUCACUCUCAUCAUUUCAGUUACCUAUGUAUUUGCACUGUGACUUGGAAAUUGUAAGCGUGUAAUAAUCCUGUCCUACUGUGUGCACCUGUUCAUUUUAGUAUGAAUGAAUUAGGCUGAGCUGACUGUUUUUAAUGAUGAGUUUUAGGACGGAAGACUUUGAUGGGACACGUGGCUCAGCCUGACUUUGGAUUGCAGUCUGAAACAUCCUAAUGUUCAAGUGCACUUUACUCUGUCCAGCAGCAGUGUUUGUUAUUGACUACGUUUGAAACCCGCCUCUCUGGUUUGGGUGAAACUGAAGGCACUAAGUGAAGCACAACAUGUAUUAAAAAUUUUAAUUUAGUUUAAAUGUUUUAGGUUUGUAGCCCUGCAUAGCUGCAUGUGUAUGUUGAAAUAUUACUGUAAGGUAUAUUUUUUUCUGUGUUAAGAACUGUUGGGUUUUUUUUUUUUGUUGUUUUUUUUUUUAAAUAAUAGUCAUGUUUCUGAAGAACCUACAGAUCGUUUGUAACAUUAUUAACCAGCAUUUGUGGCAUGGUUUGGCAGCACACAAAGGGAGAAGUGAAUGUAACGCCUUCAGGAACAGAAAACGUGCUUGAAGUGGGGAAAUGUGACCUACUCUCUGUUUGAGAUGUUCUCAACAGAACCAAAGAGAUUAUUCCCUGUUGCCACUGGCCAUCAAGAGCUGCUUUUGCCCAGCAAGUGAACUGGCCCUGCAAUGGCCAAUCAGUGUUUUGUGAGACUGUGAGAAGCAGUAAACAAAUAGUUUUAGAGAA